GUAAGGGGAGGAAGUGCCUGAGAGACUGAACUAGGCAUAAGCGUGGCCGUCCCACCCGUGUAACAAGGAUAUACUGCCAGAGCGCCAGAGGAUCCACGGAAAAACACCUUGCUGGGAUCGAGGCUUGGUCACGAAGCGAAUCAAUCAGAACUGGUCAUUCAAUUCAAUUUUUACUCUUCAACUUGUCGGCUGGCCGACGUUUUCCCUCUCCGCUCCCAUUCCCAUGGUUGCGAUAUGGAAUAUGGAUGUAUUGCGGGGAUUUCCACAGCUACCCCGAUAACGUCUCUUAAAACCCCCCAUCGCCUUUAUCCUCAAUAGCCUUUCACGUUUGGCUUGGGUGCGGAAAGUUGCAAUGUACCAUUUUCUUCAACUGGUGUCAUUGGCGGUCGCCGUGAAUGCCCUCUUCCCGUUGUGGGACACCCCUGGCCUGGGGAGUAGGGGGUCUUUUGGUAGAGCUAACAACUCAUCCUGUAGCCUUGAUCAGUCCAAGCCCCCUGGUGAUCUCACAGCCUGCGGGAACAGUACCCUCUUUUUCAUUUGGCGGCCCAAGGCUAGGUUCAUCGCCCCCGAGGGGUGGCAAAAUGACCCUCAAGGCCAUUUUCAACGUGCUGAUGGAUCGUUCCAUGCUGGAUAUCAAUGUAAUCCCCAGCAUCUUCUGUGGGGGAAUAUUAGCCAGUGCUCUGCCUACUCAAAGGAUCUAGUCACUUGGAUUGAUCUGCCUCGCUGGGAAGACCCUCGGACGAUGUAUCCUGAUCGAGUUUACGACAUUCGAGGCGUGUUUGACGGUAGCAUGAUAAUCAAAGGUUGGAACAGCUAUCCGACAACCAUCUACGCAGCGACGACUGUUUUCCCUCUUGGGGCAGACGUACAACCUCCGGAGCAAGAAGGAACCGAGACGCAAGCUCUCGCAUACACAACUGAUGGGGGUGCAACCUGGGUCAAACUGAAUUUUGGUGUCAAUCCAGUUAUUUAUAAAUGGCCUAUGACGAAUCUGACUGGGUUCCGAGAUCCGUAUGCGUUCGAGUCGCCGAUUCUUUCCCGACUUCUUAGAAAGUCGGCGCCAGGAAAUUCGUCUCUCCUCUCCGGAGAUUACUUUCUUACCAUAUCGAGCGGUCUCCGUCCAGAAGCUUAUCCCGAUGGAGGGCCUCGCCUCUUCCUUUAUCGCCAGACCUAUCCUGAUGAUGUGACUCAAUGGACGUACCUGGGCCCUGUCGUCUCACUCUCGCGUUGGGGCUCAUUCAGUCCUUGGUCAGGUAACGCUGGCUCUAACUUCGAGACGGCCGCGGUUACCCGUCUGAAUGAGCACGGACAUGCUACUGAUGCUGGUACAGACCCGGAUGCUUUGGACAUUAUCACUUAUGGGACAGAGUUGGGGAGGGAUGGCACGCACGAGGAUCAUUGGCCUCUUUGGAGUGCGGUAGACUUUAAUGUAGCCGAUGGAUCGGUACAGAGUACGAUCAAGUUUGCUGGGGUGUUGGAUUGGGGGAGGGCCUAUGCGUUUACGUUCUUCCCCGUAACGAAGGGGAAAUGGAAGCGCAUGGUGAUGGUUGGAUGGACAUACGAAGAUGAUGAGGAUCUGGUCUUGACGAAGCAGCGAGGCUACCAAGGUGCCUUCACGCUAUACCGAGACCUCUUUGUGAAGGUCAUUAGGAAUGUUGAUUCUACUAUGCCUGGCCUCCACGAGCCGUCAAGCUGGGGCACGCGCACUGAACCAGAUGGCAGUAUAUCAGUAGUUACGCUGGGGCAAAGAGUCAUCCCUGAGAUAUUAGGCGCUUACAAGGCAGCAUCACGCAUUAGUAAACCCCAGCCUCGCAUACUCAGUGCAAAUAGAGGAUACGUUCCGUUCGCCAUCCAGCCAUCGGGAAAGCAUUACGCUGUCAUGGGCACAUUCAACUUUCCGGUCCGUGAGUUUAACACCUUGCCAAUGGUCGGAUUUAGGGUCCUUGCGAGCGAUUCCGAGUGGACCGACGUGUACUACGACCCCGCAAAUGAGUCCAUUGUUGUCCAACGUGAUCAUCACUCUCUCAUCAAUUCCUAUGGGAACGAAGCCGAGUAUGCUAAGCUCCGCCUCUACCGUAUUAACUCGAAAAAGGGGGGUACAAGUUCGCCCGAACCCCUUGUUCUCUCUGUCUUUGUUGAUGGCUCCAUCGUUGAAGUCUAUGCGAACGACCAAGCUGUCAUCACUACCCGAGCUUACCCUUGGCUUGCCGCCUCGAAGGGUGUGGGCUUCGUGUCUUCAGGCGGAACGAAUGCCACCAGCGUGCGGGUGUCGGAUGUAGAGCUCUGGGACGGAUUGUUGAAUGCUUGGCCAGAACGACCCGUUGAUACAAGGAAACCUCUCAUCUGGGACGGUCCUUUACCUUCCAUUUGGAAGAUUUGGGUGGGGUGGUAGGCAGAACGCUGCCCUUGUGGUUUUCAUAAGAUGCUUUACCCCCAAAUGACAAUAUUUGCAAUCAAGUAUUGUUCGGACAAGCACUCUUAAGAGAAGGAAAUU